GAUUUCGCGAUCCCAUUCGUUAGAUUUCGUUCUCAUUCAUUCAUUCAUUCUCUCGCCGUUUUUUUUUGAAUCUAUUUCAGAUUUCAGUUUCUUCCUUGAGCCCAGUUUUUUUUUUUCCUCAGCUUAAUUCGUUAAUGGAGGUUAAUUCCGACGAGCUUCGAGGUUCUUAUGCUUCUUGGGGUAUCGAUUACCGAAAAGCAGAAUUGGGUUUUUGUGAAUUUGGGGAUGAUUUUGUGGGUUUGCCUGAUGAUCCUUUUUGUAUGAACAUUAGAUCCACUUUGAAUACAAUCUCUGAUUGGUUUCAUGAGAAUCAGAUUCAGAUGUUGCAACACCAAAUCACGUUGCCUGAGGAUCCAUUUUGUAUGAAAGUUAGAUCGACUUUGAACACAAUCUCGGAUUGGUUUCAUGAGAAUCACAAAGAUUUAGUAACUGAACAAUUUAGCCUAAGUUGGUUUGAUCUUGAUGAUGUUGAUGAUGAUGAUGAUGAUGAUGAUGAUGAUGAUGCUGGUGAAGCUCAUGACGCGUUUGAGUUAGUUCUUUCAUAUCUAGAGUUGAAAGAGAUUCUUGCGGUUGAAGGAGUUUGCAGAGUAACUGAUGAGUCUCUUUUGAAGUUAACACGCCGCGCUCAAGGUGAUGUUCGAUGUUUGAAUCUUGGAGGAUGUGUUGGUAUCACUGAUUAUGGCUUGAAGCAAGUGCUUGCAAUCAAUCCACAUCUCACUAAGCUGAGUGUAUCUGGUUGUCUUAGACUAAGCACAGCAGGACUACUGUCAACUCUAAGGGACUUAAAAUCCUCAAACCGUCUUGGAGUCAAAAGCCUAAUCACUGGUGGGGCGUUGUAUUUCACAAAAGUGCAAUUUAAAGAGCUGAACUUAUUACUAGGAGGAGAUGCUAAAGCGGGUCCAAAAUCGAGGAAGAAGAGAUUCUAUACGUCUUGUAGAUCAGAGUUCUCUUUAGAGGAUGAUCGAGUUACUGACCUAGAGAUAUGCCCGUGGUGUGAGAAACCAAGUCUUGUAUUUGAUUGUCCAGCAGAAACCUGUCCGUUGAAGGGUCAAUAUCCUUAUCCUAAAUCAUCGUGCAGAGCUUGCGUAGUCUGCAUAGAACGUUGCCACGAGUGUGGGAGUUGCUUAAACGACUGUGAAAACAAGCCCUUCUGUUUUGCAUUCAGCUGUGUGGUCUGCAUUGAGAAGAGGUCUAACCAGUUAUAAGAGUUUAUUUGAAGUCAAAACCGAAGCUAACACAUGAAUUUGAUCCUCAAAACACUGUUUUCAGAAGAAGAAGAAUGAAGACUCUUGAUGCUUAAGAUAUCUAUCAAAGUCAAUGAGAACAGCUGCAAUAGAAAAGGAAACAUGAU